AUGGCGCCUCCUAGUCUAUCCAUCCCGCCGUCACACUUUCCUCAACAUAUCUUUAACGAGCUGAGCGUUGCCGUUAGAGGACCGGUGUGCAGUCGUUACAGCUCAGAGUACGUCUGUUCGUCCAUGACCAAACUGUUAUUCAUGAAUAUGUUUCACAGGUUUGCUGAGCGUUCCAGAACUUUCAAUGGCAAACUCAACUCUACUUCCCGCAUCGUCGUCUCUCCUCUCGACGCCGAGGAUGUCAGUACAGUCGUGCGCUUCUGCACACAGCAUGGGUUGUCUCUUUCCGUACGGGCCGGAGGUUACGGUAUUGCUGGAUGGUCUGUGGCGGGAGACGUGAUCGUCGAUCUGAGCAUGCUGAAGGAGGUUGACAUCGAAGCUCCCAAAGCGGAUGCCGAAGGAGGAAAGGAUUGGACCAGGCUCGCAGAUAUGCCACCUCCUGGAAGUAAAGGGAAGGGACAUGUCGAUGCGGUGCCUAUCAAGUUUUCUGGAGUCGACAUUGCGUCGACUGCUGCCCCCCUGCCGUCGGCAAGUCAGGACACAAAGGCGAUGCAGAUCUCGACUGCAACCGCGGUGAAACGUCGUCGCGGAGCUCAUGACGAUACUCCUCCCGAUAUGGAUGAGGAACGCAAACGUAACCGCCUCGGUUCUUACGAUGCUGCAUCACAGGCCGUCGCAUCUUUUCUCCGUGGUCCGCCACUUCCGUAUGAAGCUGGAGAGAAACCCAGGGAUCCUCCGGUGGAUCGUGGAAUGUUGCAUGGGCCGGCCUCUGUAGAGCCGGGCAUACCUGCGGAGCCAGAGAAAGAAGAUGAACCGCAUUUGCCCGUGCUUGACGCUAACUCCAGGCAGGUGUCGACCACCUUAUCGUCGAGCACUGGGUCUGAGUCUGGGGCGGAUCACACUUCUCCCUCGCGGAGUAGCAUCGGCACAGCAGCUACAACGCCACCCAGCGGCAGCCCUGAUCUGCCCUCAACGAAUACGCCAACUUUUAGGGGGGCAGAGCCCUUUGGCUAUAUCACUUCUGGUUUCACUUUCACCGAGCGACCACCGGUAUACAGCAGCGCUCACCCACUCGGCUUCGUGUCUGGAUUGAGCUCUGGUGUAUCAAAUGUAACUGCAUGGCGCUCAAGUGGACAGUGGGGUGGCGUCGGCGUAAUUCCGUCCGUCUCAACGCGCGGUCUUGGCUCGAUUCCGUCCGCAUUUGCCUUUCCUUCUGGUGCAACAAGGCACUUAGGCAACUUGACACCUGCGCGACCGGUGCAUCCGCAUGCGUAUCUCACCUUCGGUGCAGGAAUGCUUCAGAAGGAAUUGGACAUGUACACAGCGGAUCACCCAUUGGAAGGCAUCAGUGGCGUCACCGGAGCGCAAGAAGACAGGCUCAUGCCGUACCAUAUUCCCUCGUGA